AUGAAGCCUUCUCAGGUCCUCUUCCUUUUCACCCUAUACGCAAGUGCGCACGGCUACAUGGCCCCGCAAGCUGUGGGCUCCAUGCCACGCGACAUCGGCACGCCCGAAUCUGUAGGUAGUUCGUACACGUGUGACAAUGGUGCCACACCUUCCGUAGAAUGCGUUGAUACAACUACAAAGCCAAGCUGCGAUUGCACCUGUACCAACGGUAUCCGCUUCAACCAGACACUAUCUACGGAUGAGCAGGGAAGUGCGUCGUGCGGUACGUGCGAUGCAGAGAAGGAGCAGUGUCUUGUGCAGCUGGCUAUCAACGCCGGUCUCGCCACAGCGCGUGAGCAGCAGUUGAAAACCGAGUUUGAAAACGCAUCCGCACGCGAGACACAGCUGAAGACGGAUCUCGAAAACGCAGCCGCGCGUGAGCAGCAACUCAAGACAGACUUUGACACUGCCUCGGCACGCGAACAGUCCUUGAAGGCCGCCCUCGACCUCGCAUUCUCGCGCGAGCAACAAUUAAAAACUGAUCUCGACCUCGCAUCCGCCCGCUCCCAACACCUCGCCACGACGCUCGAAACCUCGCAGCAAACCUGCCAAACCAACGAGCAAACGCACCUCGCCGCCCAACGCGACCUCGAAGCCCAACUCAAACCCUACAAAUCCCCCCGUUUCAAACUCCAAAAGUGCUUCUUCUCCUCCCCCGACAACCCCGCCCUCAUCCCCGACUUGCACAUCAACGACCCCCAAAUGACGGCCUACAAGUGCAAGCACAUUUGCCGCGGCUCAAGGUUUUUCGGCCUCCAGCAUGGCACCAGCUGCUACUGCGGCAAUGCCCUCAGUCCGCAUUUGACAGAGGCCAGUGAUGCUGUCUGCAGGGUUAAGUGUGGCGGUGAUAUUUAUGCUUGUGGCGGGAUUGGUGCCAUGAGGAUAUUUACGUAUGAAUAUUAAGGGGGGGGGGAGGAGAGACUGAGAGCGAUGAGGUGAUGGAAAGGAAGGAAGGGAAGGGGAUGGAUCAGAGUUUAAAUUGCAAUAUACACAAGUUAUGGAGUUUGAUUUUGGAUUUUUUUUUUCUCUUUUGUAACUUUGAUAUGAUAAAGUUGGCUUUCUAGCAUUGAAGCAUUUAUCGCAUGUUGUGUUUUUUUGGUUUUCCCCCCUUCAAACAGGGGGGAGACUGGAGGUGGUGGAUACGGUGCGGUUGUUGAUGGCGGUUUAUCAGGGAAGGGGAGGUUGUGGCUGUGAGGAAAAGGUUUCCUUGGGUGGAGUUUAAGAUGGAAGAUGAGGGCUGAUUUGAUGCUUAUACUGCG